AUGAGUGUGUCUGACGGUGUGGUAGGAGCAGCCAUCCUGGAUGUAGAUCAACAACAACAACAGCAGCCGCAGGCCGUCUUCCUCCAGAUCUACCCACGUCUGUCCCAGGACACAGCAGCAUGUUGUACCCUCCAGGUCAGCCCAGGGGCCACGACGGCCACGGUUAUCCAGAAAGCAGGGGCCACUCUGGGCCUGGACAUGGCCAGGCCGUACGCCCUGCUAGAAGUCAGGCAGGCUGAAGGGGAGGAGAGGAGGCUAGGGGACACUGAGAUGCCUGUGGAGAGGGUGUUGCUUUGGCCCCCAAGGGCCAGAGAACGGCAUCCCCAGGAGAAGGGGUAUUACUUCAUCCUCCAAGCCCAGGGAGGAGAAGGGGCUCUGGGGUCAGGGAGGGGCGGUGGUGGGGUACCUUCACUAGAGGACUAUGAUGACCUGUGCUGCCUCUCCACCCUGACUGAGGACACUAUCCUGGCCGCCUUGCGCCUGCGCUUCUACAAACACAACAUCUACACGUACGCUAGGGGCAUCCUGGUGGCAAUUAACCCCUUCAAGUUCCUGCCCAUCUACAACCCUAAGUACAUCACGAUGUACAACAACCAGCCACUUGGGAAAUUAAGCCCUCAUAUCUUUGCAAUGGCGGACGUGGCGUACCACACCAUGCUGAAGAAGCAGGAGAACCAGUGUGUGGUGAUAUCAGGGGAGAGCGGAUCAGGAAAGACCCAGAGCACCAACUUCCUGAUUCACUGUCUGACGGCGUUGAGUCAGAAGGGCUACAGCAGCGGGGUGGAGGGGACCAUACUGGGAGCUGGGCCUGUGCUGGAGGUAAGAGUGAGAGGGUGUGUGUUGGGGGGGGGGGUUAGUCCUGCUACAGAAGCGCCAUUCCUUUAUCUCCAGAGAAGGUUUCAUUUCGGCAUUUAAAAAGCUGUUGUUAUGAGUUUCUCUGGUAUCAAGUAAUUCAAGAUGCAAGAAUAUACUUAAACAAUUAUAUGGAGAGUUGAUACAAAGUAUUUAAUAGAUAUGGUACCGAAUUCAACAUAACAAGCGGCACGUGAGUGGCCUCUUGCUCUUUUGAAUGAUAUACAUAGAAAAUGUCUCAGUUUAUAUACUGCUUUGCAAUCCAAUUCUAGCCCACAGUUGCCAACCAUUAUUGGGUGUCUCUCCCAACUACAAUAGUAUCAUCUUGUACCCCAGUCAGCUUGCACCCCAGUCAGGACAUUCCAUCACGUACUCAUUCUAAGAUUAACACAAGUGGGCUCCCUAGACCUCCUGUAACGCAGACUUUCUGGCACCCACCAGUGACAUAAAUAAAUGGAAUGUCCUCAUCCUCAGAAUCCUAUGUAACACGUAAUAUCAAACAGAUUAACAAAUCCUGUGUAAACCCGUCAUAUCAGCCAUAGUGUACCCUUGGAUACCAACUGCGGUAGAUAUACACUACAUUAACAAAAGUAUGUGGACACCUGCUCGUCAAACGUCUCAUUCCAAAAUCAUGGGCAUUAAUAUGGAGUUGGUUCCCUCUUUGCUGCUAUAACAGCCUCCACUCUUCUGGGAAGGCUUUCCGCUAGAUGUUAGAACAUUGCUGCGGGGACUUGCUUCCAUUCAGCCACGAGCAUUAGUGAGGUCGGGCACUGAUGUUGGGCCUGUUUCGCAGUCGGCGUUCCAAUUCAUCCCAAAGGUGUUCGAUGGGGUUGAGGUCAGGGCUUGGUGCAGGCCAGUCAAGUUUUUCCACACCGAUCUUGACAAACCAAUUUUGUAUGGACCUCGCUUUGUGCACGGGGGCAUUGCAAUGCUGAAACAGGAAAUGUCUUCCCCAAACUGUUGCCACACAAUUGGAAGCACAGAAUUGUCUAGAAUGUCAUUGUAUGCUGUAGCCUUAAGAUUUAUCUUCACUGGAACUAAGGGGCAUAGCCCGAACCAUGAAAAACAGCCCCAGACCAUUAUUCCUCCUCCACCAAACUUUACAAUUGGCACUAUGCAUUCGGGCAGAUAGCGUUCUCCUGGCAUCCGCCAAACCCAGAUUCAUCCUUCGGACUGCCAGAUGAAGUGUGAUUCAUCACUCCAGAGAACGCGGUUUCACUGCUCCAGAGUCCAAUGGCAGCAAGUUUACACCACUCCAGCCAACACUUGGCAUUGGGCAUGGUGAUCUUAGGCUUGUGUGCGGCUGCUCGGCCAUGGAAACCCAUUUCAUGAAGCUCCCGAAGAGCAGUUCUUGUGCUGACAUUGCUUCCAGAGGCAGUUUGCAACUCUGUAGUGAGUGUUGCAACCGAGGACAGAUGAUUUUUAACACGUUUCAGCACUCGGCGGUCUCGUUCUGUGAGCUUGUGUGGCCUACGGCUGAGCCAUUGUUGCUCCUAGACAUUUCCACUUCACAAUAACAGCACUUACAGUUGAUCUGGGCAGCUCUAGCAGGGCAGAAAGUUGACGAACUGCCUUGUUGUGUGCUCAAUUUUAUACACCUGUCAGCAACGGGUGUGGCUGAAAUUGCCGCAUCCACUCAUUUGAAGUGGUGUCCACAUACUUUUGUAUAAAUAGUGUAACUUCAUCCCCCGGACCUAGCGGUCAUACAUACAGUACGUAAUAAGACCAUUAUUCUUCAUUGUGAGUUGAGGUGGAAUUUUGUGAUUUUAUUCUUAUUGUUUUAACGGAAAACCGAUAACAAAAUUGCAGUUUAAACAAAAAGCAAAAUUGUUCAUUUGUCCCAUCCCUACUCUGGAUGUUAAUAAAGCAUUAGAACACUUCAUAAUAAAGUGAGAAGUGUUACUGAGCUAG